AUGUUAUACCAAGAUAUUGAUGACGUCUAUGCAUCAGAUCAUUGUAGUUCCAGAGUACAAUCGGUUAUUGUGGGAAUCACAGUAUUUUUUAUCUUUUCUGCUGCUGCCAUUGCCCUCGGUUUAGGUACUGGUAUAAAUGAUAGCUAUCAAAAGCUUAUCUUUGUUACUGAAUCAUUAUCGACAACGACUUCCACUACUGCACCAUCAACUACAACAAAGAUUACGACAACUACCACAACAAUCACUCAAACAUCUAUUGCUACUACAACUUCAACAUAUUCUACAACUACAACCUCCACGCCUUCUACAACUAGUACUACAACUGCAACCUCCACGCCCUCUACAAGUAGUUCUACAACUACAACCACCACGCCUUCUACAACUAGUACUAGAACUAGUACUACAACUAAUACUUCAACGAGUACUACACCAAGCACUACAACGAGUAAUACAACUAGCACUGGAACUAGUACUACAACUACAACCUCUACCUCUUCUAUAUCUAGUGCUACAACUAGUACUACAACAACUACUACAACUAGCACUGCAACUAGUACUACAACUACUACAUCACAUACGUAG